CUCCGCCGUCCCAGCAUUCCCCGCGCCCCACCAUUGAGAGCAGCUUCCGGCGUCGCCAGUAUAGGUGGGUGAAGGAGGAGCGGGCCCUCGUCGCUCUGUCUCACUCCCUCGCGCUCUCUCGGGCAACAUGGCGGGUGUGGAGGAGGCAGCGUCCUCCGGGAGUCACCUGAAUGGCGACUUGGAUCCUGACGACAGGGAAGAGGGAGCUGCCUCCACAGCUGAGGAGGCAGCCAAGAAAAAGAGACGAAAGAAGAAGAAGAGCAAAGGGGCUGCCACAGCAGGACAACAAGAACCUGAUAAAGAAUCAGUAGCCUCAGUUGAUGAGGUAGCAAGACAGUUGGAAAGACAAGCUUUGGAAGAGAAAGAAAGAGAUGAUGACGAUGAAGAUGGAGAUGGUGAUGGAGAUGGAGCAACUGGAAAGAAGAAGAAAAAGAAGAAGAAGAAGAGAGGACCAAAAGUUCAGACAGACCCUCCCUCAGUUCCAGUAUGUGACCUGUAUCCUAAUGGUGUAUUUCCCAAAGGACAAGAAUGCGAGUAUCCACCCACACAAGAUGGGCGAACAGCUGCUUGGAGAACUACAAGUGAAGAAAAGAAAGCAUUAGAUCAAGCUAGCGAAGAGAUUUGGAAUGAUUUUCGAGAAGCAGCAGAAGCACAUCGACAAGUUAGAAAAUACGUUAUGAGCUGGAUCAAGCCUGGGAUGACAAUGAUAGAAAUCUGUGAAAAGUUGGAAGACUGUUCACGAAAGCUAAUAAAAGAGAAUGGAUUAAACGCUGGCCUGGCAUUUCCUACUGGGUGUUCUCUCAAUAACUGUGCUGCCCAUUAUACUCCCAAUGCUGGUGACACUACAGUAUUACAGUAUGAUGAUAUCUGUAAGAUAGACUUUGGAACACAUAUAAGUGGUAGGAUUAUUGACUGUGCUUUUACUGUCACUUUUAAUCCCAAAUAUGAUACAUUAUUAAAAGCUGUAAAAGAUGCCACUAACACUGGAAUAAAGUGUGCUGGAAUUGAUGUCCGUCUGUGUGAUGUUGGUGAGGCCAUCCAAGAAGUUAUGGAAUCCUAUGAGGUUGAAAUAGAUGGAAAGACAUAUCAAGUGAAACCAAUCCGUAAUCUAAAUGGACAUUCAAUUGGGCCAUAUAGAAUACAUGCUGGGAAAACAGUGCCCAUUGUGAAAGGAGGAGAAGCAACAAGAAUGGAGGAAGGGGAAGUUUAUGCCAUUGAAACCUUUGGUAGCACAGGAAAAGGUGUUGUUCAUGAUGAUAUGGAAUGUUCACAUUACAUGAAAAAUUUUGAUGUUGGACAUGUGCCAAUAAGGCUUCCAAGAACAAAACACUUGUUAAAUGUCAUCAAUGAAAACUUUGGCACCCUUGCCUUCUGCCGCAGAUGGCUGGAUCGCUUGGGAGAAAGUAAAUACUUGAUGGCUCUGAAAAAUCUGUGUGACUUGGGCAUUGUAGAUCCAUAUCCACCAUUGUGUGACAUUAAAGGAUCAUAUACAGCACAGUUUGAACAUACCAUACUGUUGCGUCCAACAUGUAAAGAAGUUGUCAGCAGAGGAGAUGACUAUUAAACUUAGUCCAAAGCCACCACAACAUCUUUUAUUUUUUAAGCUUUGUUGGAAUACAUUAUACCAGAAUUAAUUUGCAACACGUUGUCUGUUUAACAGUGGACUUAUAUAAUACUUUUAUCCAUGUUUAAAAAGGAAAGAAUUUGAUAAAGGCAAACCGUCUAAUGUAAUUAACCAAGGAAAAAGCUUUCAAGACUUUCAAAUGUUAACUGUUUUUCUCCUGUCUAGAAAAUGCUAUAAAGUUCAUAUUAGUUAGGAAUGACUUAUACAUUUUGUUUUGAACACUGAAGAGAUGCUUUUCAGGUAUUUGUAUUGCCAUAUUCUUAACUGAAUGCUUUGAAUGAAUGACUACAUCCACCUAUACCCUCUGGUAUUGCUUUUUAACCUUCCUGGAAUCCAUUUUCUAAAAAAUAAAGACAUUUUCAGAUCUGAGAGCUACAUUUCAAUGUCUGUGGUUAUAAUUUUGCAUAGGAAAUAGCUAAACUUAAUGUAUUGUAGAACCUUUUAUCUGGAUUGUAGACCUCUAUACUGAAAGUUGACAUAGUGGCUAAACAAGAUCUAUACAUGCGUAUAAAAUAGGAGGAGCUUCAUAAAUUAACAAGCUCUAGGAAUAUUUUGCUUUUCUUUUUAAGAUAUUAAUCCUUGUCUUUCAUUUAUUCCCUGACAUUGGCAAGAUCUACUAAUUGAAACAUGACUUAGUAGGAACAUUGUACCAACUUGAAACCUUGAAUUAGUAAAAUCUCAACAUUUAGAUCCUCUGUCCAGUGGUAUAUAUUUAUCAGGAAAUGUAUUCAGGUUGCUUAAUAAACCAAAGGGCAUUUAAAACCACAAAAACAGGAAAACUUCCCGUGAUUGGAUCUUGUUCUAGUUAGAAAAGCGAAAUUGAAUUAUUAGGCUUUUUCAUUAGUUAACCAAAUUCUUUAGCACCCUGCCUCUCAACUGGCUUGGAUUCAUAACAUUAUGGAUGGUAUUUCAGGAAGUGAGGUUAAGUUAGCAGCUAAGUGCAUAUGUUGAAUGUAAGAUGCAUAAUACUUGAACUGAGCCCCACUACCGAUCCUCGAACAAAUUGCUUGAAUUCUGUGUAAAUGAUUUGUUAGGAAUGUUCCAGUAUAGUUUCAAAAUUGUUAUGUACCAAGGUAAAGCCUUAAUUUGUAAUGCUUUAGCACAAUAAGAUUUUUUGCCUCUGGGAUGCCGUUUUGUAUUUUGUUUAAUGUUAAUCUCAUAGGAAGAGAAACCUGACUUCUGUACUUCGAUCAUUUAUUAUACAUUAAAAAGCUGCUUUCAGCAUUAGA